AUGCAAAAUUCAGUAGACGAAAUUAUGAUAAAUAUUUUUCGAUUCGUAGAAUAUCCUAUUAAUCUGAUUUUAACCUCUCGAGAUUGGCUUCGUAUAGCCAAGGAUCCUUACGUCAAAUCAAAAUGGUUAAUAACAAAAUACGGAAAAUUAUAUGCUUUGUACAAUGCAGCAAGGUUGGGGCCUAGUUUUAUCGAUAUAUCAUUGUAUAAAAUUUUAAUCGCGAGAAAUGAGAAUGCCUCAGUUCCAAUUUUUUUUUUCCAAAGAUUAUUGAUGCACUUGGACAAAUAUGAUCAAAAGUUGAUUCAUCUUAAAACAGAAGAUAAUUCUGGACAUCCUUAUACUAGUUAUCAUGUUUAUGCUAACAAAUCAAAAGAGGAUGACACAAAAUUAUUUCAUUUUUUCGCUUAUGGAACUCAUGUAGUAAACUAUGGCCAAAUGAUAUCAUUAAAAGAUAUUGGAUCUUUGUUACCACAAUCAGCAAGUACUAGUGGAUAUUUAUCAAAAGUUGAUUACGAAAUUGAUAAAUUUGAUUUAUUUAAACUUUUGGAAUUAAUUAAUUUCCUAGCACAACCAAGACCGCCUAGAAUGCUUGGUGUAAGACAUGGAAGACAUAACAAACUUGAUGGAAGACAUGGAAGACAAAAUAAACUUGGCGGAAGGCACGGAAGACAAAAUAAACUUGAAGGAAGACAUGGAAGACAAAAUAAACUUGGCGGAACGAUUGGUGGAAGUUACGGAGGACAAGAUAAUUUUGGUGGAAGACACGGAAGUCAUGUUCAGCUUGGUCAGCUUGUGAACACGAAUAGGCAACCUACUGCACCAAUUGCUAGUUUCUCUCAGCAACCAAUUGCUGAUCCAAAUGAUAUAUUAUUGGUUGAAAUGAUUGAUGGAUCAUCAUUCUUUUAA